AUGAGGGAUCUGAGUUAUCAGGUGUAUGAGCGUUGCGGAUGUGCAUUGCGGGUGACCCAUGGUUUGCCAUGUGCUUGUCAGAUACAUGAGUCUUUAGCUCGAGAGACGGGCUUGUAUAGUAGGAAAAUUCACCAACUCUGGAAGACUUUGGUUAUCGGCAAUGGUAAUGACGGACCAGCGUUCGAUAAUGACUCGACCGAGGACGCCACACAUUUUCGAAAUCUGAUGGACGAGAUACUUGGUAGUGAUAAUGCUGUUCUACGAAAUGUGACACGCAUCAUUGAGGAAGAGCUACAUCCGGAUCAUGAUAACCUCCAAGAACCUCAUAUCAACCGUAGGGUGCGUGGUCGACAGAGGAACAACGAUACAAGACGUGAUCGGUCUUAUUUCGAACAUGUGAAUCGCCGAAACAGUCAUUCUGGUCAACAACAAGGAGGGUGGAAAGAUGUCGUUGGCGAUGGUAACUGCGGCUUUCGUUGUGUCGCGGAGUUCUUCUUUGAUGAUCAAGGCCGAUGGUAUGACGCUCGAGAAACAAUAGCAAACGAGGUCCUUGGUUAUCCAUCCCUGUACGAGAGGAUUUACGGGCUUGGAAGGCUUCAGAUAAAUGUGGAGCGUAUUCGAUGGGACGGUGGGGCGGUUGAUGCUCGUCAUUGGAUGGUUGCAAUUCAAGAUUUAUUUCCCAUUGCUACUUGGUUCAACGCAAUGGUUAUUAUUCUCGGUGUAGGCACCGUACCAACCUGCUUGUACCCAUGUCUCACUAUCUUGCCAUUGCGGGCACGAAGAGGAGUCACGGCACCACAACGGGAGUUUGUCAUCGCUACAGUUUCUGCCUCACAUUUUAUAUUGCUUGAACUUGCACCAGAUUCACUACUUCCCCCUAUUGCAAGUUGGUGGACCGAGAACCACGAACCAAGUGUUGAAGGUUGGGAUCACCGUUAUGUAGCUAGAAGGAACAUGUGGGAUGCGUUAACUAGACAAUGA